GUGAAUUGGGGAUCAUCUGCGCAAGCGUACGCUUUCGUGCAGGCCUUGCACUACACUCACCGGUUGGAUGGAAUUGGUCAUCACGUGAAAAACUUCCGUCCACAUUGUUAAGUGCUAACCGGACAUCCACACGACCGACCCAACCUUAUAUACCUAGUGUCUCAGAUCACUAAAAACGUCAGCCUUAUGGUGUACGCUAAUGUGAUAAAGGAACCUUUUGGAAUGCUCCCUGAAGACGAAUCAGAUGUCGAGUGGAUGAGAAAACACAAGAUCAGAGCUUUCCGCGCUGUGACCGCAGGUAAACAAUGUACUGCCGAAUUACUAAAGAGUUGCCUUCUUUUUCAAUUUUUUUUUUUUUAAUUUCCGCCGGUGCAUAUCAGUUUUCGCUCUGACUAACGCUCGAAAAGUCAGCUUCAGAAACUCUCUAUGGUGGCCAACUUACCGCAUUUUCAACUCAGUUGGUAAAACCAAUUUAUUUUAUAUCAGUUUUAGUUUGCAUAUGUUUUGUUGUUGUUUUCCUUUUUCCUGUGAUUCGUUAUACAUCCCCAAAUUAUAUAAGUUUUGUUUGUUUGAAGAUAUGUUUAAUGAGUGGCAAAUGGUUACAUUUGUGUGCAGGGGGUUGCAUUUCCGCGCUUUGUUCACGAAACACAAGAGGCAAAUAAAUGACUGAGAGACUAUUGGUUAUCAAGAGGGCGUGAUUACUUGAUACUGAUUUUCGAGCACAAGUCAUAUGCAGUGACCUGGGGCUCUUACACGAAAUGGGUUAUAAAAAAAAAUCCCAGGAAAGCAGCACUUCUCUAAAUCAAUACUAACAUCACUACCCUACUCUUACCAAAAAGAGAGAAUCUUGAGAAUACGCUCCAAAUUAAUCCGUAAUUGCCUUCGGGUGCAUGGAAUCACAGAGAAAAACUUGCAUGUGUAUUUGGUAAGAAAAGUUCACUUUCCUUUACCAAUGUCAUCUCUCUGUUCCCAUUUUUCCCCUCUACAGCGCCCAGUCUCCGCACGGGGGUGCAGUCCAUGUUUCACCUCACCGGACUGGGAAAGAUGCGGCCAAACACGGUUGUUAUGGGCUAUAAAAAUAACUGGACAGAUAAGAGGUACUUAAGUGAGGUAGUAGACUAUCUUGGCGUAAUUAACGACGUCUUCGAGCUCAGUUAUGGUCUGGUCAUUUUUCGAAUGAACGAAGAACAGAAUAAAAAUUUUAUCGUAGAGAAGGUGGAUGAAAGCUCUUCGUCGAAUUUGGACUCGAUUAUGGAAGGAGACGAAUAUCCUAAGCCCAAACGUUCCUCUACGGGGAAAAAGUCAGCAAACGAAGAGAGAGAAAGUCUUACUAGCCCUGAGAAGGCGUCCGAACCAACGUCCGAAUCUUCGCCGACACCGGAGGUCAAGAUUGCAUUGAAAGAGAAACAAACGGGCACCAUCGAUGUCUGGUGGCUGUACGAUGACGGUGGUCUGACAGUAUUGCUGCCGUACCUGCUGACACUUCAUGGUGCCUGGAAGAAGUGCAAAUUGAGGUUUUUCUCGGCUAACUUUCGCUCCAAACACGAGGUGAAUCCGCAAGGUUUGCGAAUGGCAAACUUGUUAAAGAAGUUCCGCUUUGACGCUAGCUGCGUGGAGCAAGUUGAAGUCAAUGAACCGCCGUCGAAGGAGAGCAUCGAUGCUUUCAGACGUCUGCCAGUCAAAGAUGAGCUUGGAGAAGAGCCUAUCAAAGACCAGAAAGUUCUUAGAACGAUUCGCAUCGGAGAACUUGUGCGACAGCACUGCUCAGAAGAGACAAGGUUGGUCGUAAUCUCCAUUCCAGUCCCCGUCACUGACGUCACAACCCCUUUGAUGUACAUGAGUUGGCUUGAGGUGAUGUCCGCUGACUUACCGCCGGUGCUGCUCGUACGUGGCAAUCAAACCAAUGUGUUGACAUUUUACUCUUAGUUAAGACAUUUAUUUUUUGGUCAUAAACCUUUUCCUUCCCUACAUAAGCGUCCUAUGAAAGUAGUUUUUUUUCUAGUUUGAUAGCUUAGCGAACUCAACUCAUUCUAAUAAAUAUUACUGACGAAACAGAGAAAGCGAAGCUAAGAAACUUGUUCUUUUUGAAAAAUCUAAACAGUUGACGUCUUUUAAGCUAAUUCGUGCAACCGACUAACCAGCGUUCCUUAUGUACGAUAUUAUGGAAAUGUUCGAUAAGAACCAAUAUUUUAGGGGAACCCCUUAAAAUUACAUUUUAUGGGACCCCUCUAAUAUUACACUUUGGGAACGUCAUAUCGAGGUAUCGAGUUGUUUAAGGGCACGGAAAAGUAGUCGCAUUAGUGAAGUGUUGUUGAGGAAGCUUUUGCCAAAAGUUCCAAUAACGACGCCUCUCUAAUGCAAAACUAAAAUGUGUAGGUUUUUUUAAAAUAUUGCAAAGAUCAGCGAGAUAGGAAUGUCUGUCACAAUUGUUUGAUGAAAUGAUCAUUUCAUGGUUUCACGUAAAUAGCAAAAUGCAAUCGCGUCCAUAUGUGAUUUAUCUUACGUAUCGGAAGACAAUGCUUGAGAUUGAAAGAGUUUUUGAAAUAGGACCAGUCAAGGAGUAAACUUUAAGCUGAAUCGCCAUCAAUUUCCAGCAUCGCGAUAUCACUUCGAUCACGUGCUCCAGAAGCUGACAGGGUAACUCGGUGAUAGUUAAUCAGAAAUCUUUAAAUCACGAUCAUGUACUUAUAAUCGGUAACAUUGUAAGCUGUCCCAC